AUGACCGAAGGACGGGAAAGACGGAGGAGAACCUUUCCGACGGGGAACGUCCCUGGAGAAGGUGAAGAAUCAGGCAGACAAAAAGGAGUGAAGGAAAUCGAAGGAUGGAACGGCGGUGGUACAAGGCUUACAUACAAUGGCCUGAACGAGGCUCAUCUGCCCCAGCCUGGCGCUAUGCCCCUUUCGAGACCCCGACUGCCUGCCGCUAUGCCGCUUUGGGACCCCGACAAUCCGCGCGCCCCGCGACUGGAUCAUCGAUCUUCCGGUCUGGUCUCGCACUGCCCCUUUGGGUUUAUGGCUAUGCUUCACACCGCUGAAACUAACCCCAUAGCUAUCAUGGCUGCAGACUUUCGUCAUCCGGGGGUGCCCAAAGUGGCCCGCACUGGCUCCGCAAAGACAAUCACAUGA